UUGACGCCAAGUGCCAUCGGGGACGGCAGAGGGGGAAAAAAAGCGGGGGGCCGCUUGCUGCUUCUCGGUGGAGCGGGGCCCGCGGGAGAGGCCUGGGACUCGGCUGCGAUCGGGAUCACGGCCCCGUGCUCGAGCCGCCGCGGCGGGAGGUGACAGCUUCUAACAAUAGGAGGAGGGCCGCGUACGGGCCUGCUCCUCGCCCCUCCCCCCUCAGCGGGCCCGUCCGCUCCGUCCACCCCGCCCCCAGUGCCGCGGCCACAAAGCGGGUUAAAGAGCCCCGGGCGCCGGAGUCGCGAUCAUUGAAGUUGGCAAACAUGGCAUCAGAAUCAGGAAUGCCCAAUCCUAAUUCUCGGAUAAUGACUUUUUAUCCCACAAUGGAAGAAUUCCAAAACUUCAGCCGUUAUAUUGCGUAUAUAGAAACGCAAGGUGCUCAUCGCGCUGGACUUGCAAAGGUUGUCCCACCAAAAGAAUGGAAGCCUUGUAGAAGCUAUGAUGACAUUGACGAUCUGGUGAUUCCAUCACCUAUUCAACAAGUGGUAACAGGCCAGUCAGGCCUCUUUACACAGUACAAUAUUCAGAAGAAGCCAAUCACUGUGCGGGAAUUCCGAAAAAUAGCUAACAGUGACAAAUACUGCACUCCUCGAUAUACGGACUUUGAUGAUCUUGAGCGAAAGUAUUGGAAAAAUCUCACAUUCAACCCACCAAUUUAUGGUGCAGAUGUCAAUGGUACACUAUAUGAUGAGGAUGUGAUUGAAUGGAAUAUUGGGCAUUUAAACACCAUCCUGGAUGUAGUAGAAAAAGAAAGUGGCAUCACCAUUGAAGGUGUCAAUACUCCUUACCUUUAUUUUGGAAUGUGGAAAACCACCUUUGCUUGGCACACAGAGGACAUGGAUCUCUACAGCAUUAACUACCUGCACUUUGGUGAACCGAAGUCCUGGUAUACUGUUCCUCCAGAACAUGGAAAGCGACUGGAGCGCUUGGCUAAAGGCUUUUUCCCAGGAAGCGCUCAAAGCUGUGAAGCAUUUCUGCGUCAUAAGAUGACUCUGAUAUCUCCUUCUAUACUCAAGAAAUAUGGAAUUCCCUUUGACAGGGUGACCCAGGAGGCAGGGGAUUUCAUGAUCACGUUCCCCUAUGGUUACCACGCAGGAUUUAAUCAUGGUUUUAACUGCGCUGAAUCUACAAACUUUGCGUCGCUUCGAUGGAUAGAUUAUGGGAAGCAUGCUGUCUUGUGCUCAUGCAGGAAGGAUAUGGUAAAGAUUUCGAUGGAUGUUUUUGUGCGCAAGUUUCAGCCUGAAAGGUACAAGUUGUGGAAAGUGGGUAAAGACACAACUUGUAUUGACCACACACAAGCCACUCGAGAAGCAGUUGAAUUUUAUGAGGGAUUAAAGAACGCAGCCACAAAGACCUUGAAUGACGAAGAUGCUGAUGCAGCUGAAGUAGAAGCGAAUAAAACGGAAAGAAAAGUGUGCAUCACACAAAAAGACACUGCUGAAACAAAAAGCCCAAUAAAGCAUCGAAUAGGAACAAAGAGACACAAGGUUUGUCUGGAGUUGCCAGAAGAGAUGAAUAACAAUGCUACGAUCCUCAAAGAUGAUGAUGCCAUUAAUCCUGUAAUACAUGGUAAUAGUGAAGAGUAUAAAGGGAAGCUGCAGAAGGAAGAGGAAUACUGUGAACUUAAAACUAGUGAUGCCAGUCCUAAUAUUCCAGUUAAGCUUGAAAAUGCUGCACAAGAAGAGAAGUUGAGACUGAAGCCAACUUUGUCCUCCUCAGCAGACAAUGCUGUUACUGUGUUAAACUUCUCUGUGGCGGCUCAUUCUCAAAAUACUUCCACUUCUGUGAAAUCCUCAGACUCCAGCUCAUCCGACUCCGAAACCACAAGCAGUCAGAGCUCAAGUCAAGAGAGUGCUGCUGAAGACUCUGAUAAUAGUCCAGAUUGGGGUGAACCAGCUAAAACCAAUGUUGGAACUAGUCUCAAUGAACAAGACCUUGCAGAGAUGGCAGAGCAAUAUAUGAAGGAAAUGAAAUCCAAGAAGAAGGCGAAAAGUCGACGUCAACCUCUCAGUAAACCACCACGGCACCAUCCCCUUUCUGUUGUAAAGGACUGUGUCAGUGAUGAAGAAAUGCCAGACCUGUUGGCAGUAGAAGAUGACCCAAUGGAGUCAGAACCGUGGGCUAAACCACUUGCUCAUCUUUGGCAAAAUCGUCCCCAGAAUUUUCUCGCAGAACGAGAGUACAACAGUACGUUGGCACAGCUUGUACCACACUGUUCCAUUUGUGCCCUCUUCCAGUUAAACCAGGUGGACUGUCAGGAGAGUCAUACUUUCAGAAACAAAACCCAACAUUUGGAUGCAAGUGUACUCAGAAGCAAAGCGAAAACUAAGCCUUUGGUUCCGGAGAUGUGCUUCACAUCUGGAAGUGACCACGUUGAUCUCAGCCUUCCCACAUCUUACAUUGAGGAAGAUGGAACAAGCACCCUAAUUACAUGUGCAAAGUGCUGUGUAUGUGUUCACGCAAGCUGUUAUGGAGUCGCUCCUGAAAAAAUAACCGAUGACUGGAUCUGUUCAAGAUGUUCUGCUAAUGCUUUAUCAGAAGAUUGCUGUCUCUGUACCCUUCGGGGAGGAGCUCUUCAGAAAACCACCGACAACAGGUGGGUACACCUAAUGUGUGCUGUUGCAGUGCAGGAGGUUCGGUUUGUGAAUGUCGCAGAACGCAGUCCUGUGGAUGUCAGCCCAAUACCACCACUUCGCUGGAAGCUGAAAUGCUUCUACUGUAAAAAGAGAAUGAAAAAGACUGGUGGUUGCUGUGUGCAGUGCUCCCAUGGUCGUUGCCCCACUUCUUUUCAUGUGACCUGUGCCUAUGCUGCUGGAGUCAUCAUGCAACCUGAUGACUGGCCGUAUGUAGUCUUCAUCACCUGCUGUAGGCACAAGACACCCAGUCAAGCAGAGCGUUCUAAAUCAGCUUUGAAUGAGAUUGAAGUUGGGCAGAAGGUCAUCUCAAAACACAAAAAUGGGCGCUUUUACCAAUGUGAGGUAGUUGGAUUGAGUAAAGAAACCUUCUAUGAAGUGAAUUUCGAUGAUGGUUCCUUCAGUGACAACUUGUAUCCAGAGGACAUUGUGAGUCGUGAUUGUCUUCGAUUGGGACCCCCUGCAGAAGGAGAAGUGGUACAAGUCAGAUGGACUGAUGGACUAGUAUAUGGAGCCCAAUUUGUAGCAUCACACGUUAUACAGCUCUACCAGGUGGAGUUUGAAGAUGCUUCUCAACUAAUGGUUAAAAGGGAGGAUGUGUACACUCUAAAUGAGGAACUUCCCAAAAAAGUCAAAUCUAGACUGUCUGUAGCAUCAGACAUGCGAUUCACUGGAAUAUUUACAGAAGAGGAAGUUGCUCAUGUGUCAAAGCGACAGCGAGUUUUGAACUCCAGGUAUCGUGGGGAUUAUGUUGAGCCCUCUCUGUACCGUACAAUUAUGGAGUGAUUCAGAAAUCGUUCAGAACUUCAUCUAUGGAAACUAAUUGGGACAAAUCUGGUUUUUGCACAUGGUUGUAUUGUAGAUAUGUGACUGCAUCUGAGUUCUAAUUUCUCUGGCAACAAAGCUACUCUGCAUUACUGAAGGUGCCUCACUAACAGCACUCCCUUGGAACUUGUAUCAAUUAUCUUGGGAUUUCAUCAAAGUUGUUCCUGCGCAUUCUUUGGCCUUGCAUCGGACUGCUGCAUUGUAUAGUGCAGAUUAAUCUGGAUCAAGAAGUGUCUUUAAUUGAGGCUUCAGUAGCUAGGAGUAGUAUUACAAAGAAUGUUUUGGGGUUAAAUUUCAACACUAACAUCCAUGUUCAGAAAGAGUAAAGUAUUUACCUUUUUAAUACUGCAGAUCACUAUUUGCUUAAUUUUCUUAACAUUAUCAGAAGGAAUUUAGUGCCCAACUAAUCUCUGAUACAUGUGUACAGUAAAGGCUGAUGCAUAGCUGAUUCACCAUAGCCAGGUAACCAAUCCCACUGUGGAAGCUAUGAUGAGUUCUAGAAAAUGUGAAUACAUUUUGACUAUAUUUAGCCCGAAACUAGGGUCAUGAUCGGUGCUUGGAGUUAAAACUCUUAUCUGUAUUUAUAGGGAAGCCUAAAACUUUAGGUUGAUUGGUAAUUAGACAAUUUUUUUUUAAAGAAAACAUUUCCCUUCUAGGUGUAGCAGUUUAUUUCAGUGUUCACCCUGGCAGUAAAUAGAAACUUGAGACCUUGAAUGGGGAAGUGUUGGUAAAGUAGCAAAUGAACUCUAGAAGGCCAUUGUGUAUUUUUAAAGAUAAAGCUGGAUUCAUUUUCAUUUCUUUCAUGACUUCCUAAUGAAUUUGUUCAUCAUAUGUGAACACUUGUGUAUUAGACUUCUGUGCAGUUUUAAUCUGUACUACAAAUUAUAUUUGUUUAUUCGAUGAUUAAUUUUUAUUGGAAUAUUCAUACUUAAUUACAUUGUAAAAUUUUCUUUAUUCUGUUGGUUUGGUGUAGACUGUUGGGACUGAUGUUGGACAAUGCACACAACAUUGCAAGUUUGGUCGUAUAAUCCAAACUGGUCUUUAAAAACUUAAGCAAUUGAUGCAACAGACCUUGAUGUAUUUUUGUGUUCUACAUAUUUGAAGUUGCAUCAAUACCAUCUGUUAUUGUGAUAACUUAACAGUAAAAGCAUGCUAAAUUUAAAUGUUGAAUUUAACUGUAAAAGGAAAGCAUAAUUUAAAUAAUUGUUUUUAUUUAAUUGUAUGUAUCCUGAAAAUCUUUCUUUCUUACUUUCCUAAUGGGGAAAGCGUGCAGUAGUAAGUAGCUGAGCUGCUCCCUUUUUUAAAGAAAAAUAGAAACCCCUUUGAAAAUCUUUGGUUUUGGCAAUUGGAAGUGUUUGUAUUUGAAAAUAUAAUUGAGAAGAAAUAAAUGGUGAUUUCAACUGUUCCAAUUAGCAAGUCUGAUUUUCACUUGUCCUCCCUAGAGACCAAUUGUUGUAAGGAGCAAUUUAAACUUUUUUUAUUUCAGAAUUGUGUAUAUGGCCUAGUUUGCUCUUGGUUUAUAAAUUCUAAUUUUUAGAAAAAUCACUUCCUAAAAAUGAAGAGUUGCCUGUUAAGGGAGAUGAAUUGUUUCAUGAAAUCCUUUUUGGAAACGUUUUGAAGUGACAGCCAUUCACGUAAUACAGUUUUUCUUCAAGGCACCUUGGUUGAUUGCACUUUUAUUUGUUCCAAUUUGAGAAUCUCAUUUUAGCUUUGCAAUGAGUUUACAGCUGUGGAAACACUUUAAUGUUUUCUGUAGUAUUUUAUCAUUCCCAUCUAUGAGAGUUUGGCUUUGUAGUUUCUAAUUUAUUGGAAUUCUGAUGAUUUUUUUUUGUCACUUGAUACCAUUUAUAAUAGGUUAUCAUCCAAUAUUGCUUCACACUGGAAAAUGUACAUUUAAUAAAACAUCAUCUAUCCGGUGCAAUUGGUUCUUUUAUGAAAUAAUGUGAAGUGAUUUUUGUUUGCAUUUUCUCUUCAAAGAAGUUAAAGUUGACAAAACCUUGUUCAAGGCCUGAAUAAGAGUUAAAAAUAUUUGCAGCCCAUUUGAACUAUCAAGAGCUCUACCUCCAAAGCACUUGCAUGUUUUACUCUGUUAUGGACUUCUAUCUUGAAUUACCUGCUAAUUGUCACUUUAAAGUCAUUUAAUUGGAUGCUGUAGGUAAAUGCAGUUAAUAACUCUGAUUUAAAUAAUUUUCCUUUUGUGACAUGUAUUGAUCAAUUUAGUUUGUGUUUUAAUAUGUUUGUUGAUUCCAAGACAACCAACUUCUCUGGGAAUCUUUUCUGUAUAUUAGUUACCUUAAAGGGGAAAAAUUGAGCAAACUUUAAUUUUAUCUACCCCAUAAUUAACUGCAAAAAUUUAACAGGUAGGUUAUUUCAAUUUUCUUUGUGUUACUUGGAAUUUUUCCCUCCCCACAAUAUUUUCUCCAAUCUCCAAACUCUGAAUAUAAUACGAAAUCUUGACUUCACUUUAUUUAGACAGAAAGAAAUUAAAAUAUUGUGUAUAUUUCUCAAUUCAGCAUUUUAUAUUUGAACCAUGAGCUCUUUAAAUGGUUGUUAUCCUUUUCUCCCAGCGAUGCUGAAGAAGCUGCACAUUGCAGACAAAGGUGGGUGCGUUUGUUGUCCAGUUUUCAAAUACUUUAAAGUACCACUGAUUAACAAAUAUUAUUUGAUUGUAAAAUAUUGCAACCUUCAGGGAGUGCUUUAAAAAGCAUCCAACUAAAAUUUCGUGGCAUCUUGCCUCUUUCUAAAAUAAUUGAACAGUUCUUCAAACCAUUAUGUCUCAUCUGAAUCUACAGUCUACACUACAACCAUCUCAGGAGUCUGUACAGCAAUUGAUUGUAUUGAUCUAUAAAAAUAACUGUAUUAGUUAAUGCAAACAUGAAGUUUAAAUGGCUUGCUGUGAUUGUUUAGGAAAAUAAGAACACAUUGAAAUGAUUUACAGUCAAUAAAUGUCUUUUUGUCUUUGA